UAACAAAUUUUGAGUUUUUCGCGAGUUUUUCAUAAUUUUUUGCAAUUUAUCGGAAUAAUUAUUAAUUAUUUACUCGAUUAUUGUUUGCAAUUAACGAAGCAUUGUACAGUUAAGCUUACGAACUAUUUGAAAGGAUGAUUAAAUCGAAAUUCUAGGAAUAUCCUGUGCUUGAUAUUUUGCAUUCGGUUCGGCGUUGAUGUCUACAUCUCGUUACUGUCUUCAUUAAAAGAGAAACGUUUAAUUCACAAUGGAAGAUAUUAAAAAGACCGACGACGACGUAUUCAAAAAACCAUCAUUCUUACCAGUAGCUGGUGCAAGUAAAGUUACAUCGAGUGAAAACCACGAUAGCGUUCCAGAGAAGAAAGAACCGGACCAAGAACCACCUCCAAAAGAAGAAUGCGAACCUCCUAAAGAACCUAAAGAACCAUGCACAUCAAAGUCAUCUUUACCCAUACCAUAUACUGAACCUUCUUGGGGAGGUCGACCAGAUAUUCUAUACAGUUUGGAGGAAAUGAAAGCAGGCGUUUCUCUGCGUACGAUUACACUAGAUCAGAGAUCAUUUUAUUGCUUUGGUAGAAUGGAAAACUGUCACAUAGUUAUGGCACAUCCGACAGUAUCGAGAUAUCACGCUGUAUUACAAUACCGGUCUACUUUUUCUGAAAGCGACGAGAAUCGUGGAUUUUACAUAUUUGAUUUGGGAAGUACUCACGGAACGUUUUUGAAUAAAUCGAGAAUUAAACCCAAAAUUUACGUUAAAGUUCAAGUUGGGCAUAUAAUAAAAUUUGGAAGCAGUACGAGAUUCUUCUUGUUACAAGGGCCAGACGAAGACCAAGAAGAAGAAUCUAAAUUGUCGUACUCCGAAUUGAAAGAAUUACGAGAUAAAGAAAUAGAACGACGUCAAGCUGCUUUCUUAGAAGACCAAGCUAAAUUGCAGAAAGAACUCGAAGAACGUGAAAAAGAAGAAGAAUCUAGAGGAAUCGACUGGGGAAUGGGAGAGGAUGCCGACGAAGAGACCGAUUUAACGGAAAAUCCUUUCGCUAUUACGACCAAUGAAGAAUUAUAUAUCGAUGAUCCGAAAAAAGUUUUACGUAAUUGGUUCGAAAGAGAAGGAGAAGAAUUACGAUACAAUGUUAAUGAAAAAGGAUUCGGCAAAUUUCAUUGUUCUAUAGAGUUACCAAUUGAAAAUUCGAAUGGAACUGAAAUGGUCGCAGAAGUUACUGUCUCGGGCAAGAAAAAAGAAGCUGUACAUCAGUGUGCUUUGGAAGCUUGUAGAAUGCUCGAUCGAGCUGGAUUACUAAAACAAAGCAACCAAGAAAGUAGAAAAAAGAAACUGAAAAACUGGGAAGAAGACGAUUACUACGACAGUGACGAAGAUAGUUUCUUCGACAGAACCGGUGAUUUGGAAGUUAAACGAAAACAAAGAAUGAAUCAAGUCCACAAAACUCAACCUGCUACAGAUACAUACGAAACUCUCAUGGAAAAACAUAAAAACGUCCUGCAAGAAAUAGAAAACGUGGAAAAAAAAUUACAAAUUAUGGAUAGUUUGAAACGCUCUAAUGAUUCCGAAGAUGCUUUAGAAUCAUACAUGUCGACGAUAAAUAGCGGAAAUGUAGAUAAACUAGAAAUGCGCAGAUAUAAGAAUAUUCUAAUAAAUUUGAAAAAAGAUGAAGACCGUUUGCGUAAAUUGAUAAAUUUCGUUAAACCUCUUCAAUUACCCGAACCGGUCCCACUACCGGAAUAUAAACCGAUGCCUCAACCCCAACCACAACCUAACGAUGGUGAAAAUUCAACAACCGAAGUAGAACCAGCUGAAAAAUCCGAACCAGAGUCAUUACCUCAAAGUCAGCCAUCAAAGAAAGAAAUUCCGAAACAAAUCGAUGAAGAAAAAACUCAAGAAGAACGACCUGCGCCUAAGAAAAAACCAGAAGAAUUCAUCUCACCAGCUCAACUCAAACGAAAGUUGCUUGAAUCAUCAAAACCAUCUCAGCCUAAAAAACAAACGAAAUUCGUUAAUAAGCUACAAGAAGAUUUCAAUAAUAUUGAAUGGGCUCCUCCUACUAAUCAAACAGGCGAUGGACGAACUAGUUUGAACGAUAAAUAUGGUUAUUGAUUUAUUUUUUCUCGAUGUGAUUGCUUCCUUUCGUAUGUUACGAAGAUAUAUUUCUUAAUUUUGUUAUUUCAAUUGUUUCAUUCGUCAUGUAUUUAUAAUUAUUAUUUCUGUAGAGUAUUGCAAUGUACGUUGGUGGUAUAAUCCGAGUCCAAUUGUUUUCGUUAUAAUUUGGUGUAUUUCGCGUAUUAUUAAAACAUCGUUCAACCCAACAAAUAAUGUAAAAAAAUUUAAUGUCAAUAAUAAAGACAAUACAUGAUGAAAAAUGUACAAAACUGAA